AUGGCGUCAACAAUUACAACAACAAAUGCAGGAAAAUUACCAACAGCAACCACAACAACAACAACAACAACAGCAGCAACAGCAGCAGCAGCAACAACCACAGCAGCAACAACCACAGCAGCAACAACAACAGCAGCAACAACCACCACAGCAGUUGCAGCAACAACCACAACAGCAACAACAACAGCAGCAGCAACACACACUACCACAACAACAACAGCAACAACAACAGCAACAACAACAACAACAACAAUAGCAGCAACAGGAACAACAGCAGCAACAACUACAAGAACCAAGUCAUCAACUGCAUGCCACACAGCCUGGGGAACAAGAACAACAUGA